AGGGCGCAUGUGAUUGGCUGCCUAGUCUCCAGGACAACAAGCGGAACAUUAAACGUCACUGGAUCUAACGUUACUGGGUUUAAAGUCUUUGUCUUUUAACUUCACUGGCUUUAAAGUCACUGGAUGUAAAGUCACUGGCUUUUAACUCACUGGCUUUUUAUAGACAACUGAUAUUUGAAAGUCUGGCAUUCACAGCUUUCACAACACGUACAGGUUGUUUCUCCUGCAGUGAAAGAUGGACAGAGGGUCAGAACAAGGAGAUCACGAGGUGAAGAAACCAGAAGACAAUGGUAAUCUCACUUCUUCUACUAAUGGGAAAGAAGGGGUCCAAGCUGUAAUGGAAUCCGCCUCUGAGAGCGGAGAGCAGAUCCCUGCCACCGACAGCCUCACAACAAGCAAACACCUGCAGGAGGACAGUGAACAGUCUGUGUCCCAUGAGUUUGACAUCAUUGAUGGCGAUGGAGGUCCCACAGUGCACCUUGAGACCUCGGAGAACGAGGGGGGUACGAGGCCUGCGCAGGAGGAAGAGAAGGAGGCUGAAGAAGAGGAGGUCGCUGCUGCCAGCCCCGACCCGACACAAGGUGAAGACGUCAUCAGUGAGGAUGAGGAGCAGCUUCUGUGGAGGAAGCUCUGUGAAGAGAGAGAUAAAGCCCUCAAACGCAACAGCCAGCUGCAGAUGACGCUUGCCAAGUACUUCAGAAAGAAGUCCAGAGACACGGUCCAGCUGGAGAUACCUUGCUCAGGACAACUGCAGGAGUAUGGGAAGUCCAACAUCCUGACUGACUUGAAACAGCAGCUCGCCUCUGACUUAAAGGUGGCCCAGCAGGAGGAAGAGAAGCUGAGGUUACAGUCCCAGGAGAAGUCAGACAAGGUGGAGAAGGAAUGGCAAGAGUUUGUGGCACUGAAGCGGGAUGUAGCCGUGAAAGUGCUCAGCCGAUACAUGCCUAAACGAACAGCUCAGGCCAAAGUGGAAUCGACGCUGGCAUCGGAGCAGCUUAAGCAGGACAAGCUGAUCAAGCUGUCGGUGAUGUCCAUAAAGCUGAAGAUGAGAAUCCAACGACUGGAAGCAGAGCUCCGAGAGGUCGAGGACCAGCGCAAGGACCCUGUGCAGCUCUUCAUCGGACAGCUGCAUGCUGCAAGGGUGGAGCAAAAAAAGCUUGUCGAAAGGCAAAAUGAGGAAUCGAUUAGGCUUCAGAACAGGAUCCGCAGCGACUUGGAGGUCCUGUCAAACGUAAAGGAGAAGCUGUUCUGGAGUCAGAGGGAGGUCCAGGCCAAGCGGGAGCAGCUGGCAGAGGUGGAGGUCAUUGUUGCAAGGAAGAGAGAAGUCCUGACCAAGACCAAGAAUGAACUCAAAAGUCUGCAGAUGAACACCCAGAGGCUGAAGGAGAGCCACGGCUUACUGGGGAACAGGCUCCUGCUGCGGGACUACGAGGACACUGUGGAUGCCUGUGCCCAGCUGGAGGAACGGCUGGAGUAUCUGAAGCGCCACACAUCUGAGCUGUAUGAAAACAUGGAACAAUAACCUACAGGCACCUUAUGACACGAAUUAACAAAAGACUGACACAGAAGGGGUCUGAAAAACACCAGCACAAAAGCUUUAGGCCAACUGUGUUUUGGGCAGGUCACGUCCUCUAAAAAUAUCUGUAAGCCAAGUCAGGACAAGAGCAUGACCACUUGAUUGACUGUGAUAGUAUCGAAGAAAUGGUUUGCCAUUUGAAGACUCAUAUUUAGUAGCUUUUUAGCAAGAGUUAGAUGGGAAGAUGGAUAGCACUCUCAUGUCUGUGUGUGAGGGAAGAGGCUGGAGACUUUCAGAGUGCAAAAAAUCACUCGAACGCUGACAAAGAAUGUGUUGUACGAUAGUUAUCACUGUUAGGUAUGUGGGGGAUGUGCCGUAAAAGAGGGGCGGACAGGAAAAUGUUGUACACAUAACGGUUCCUGUGCUAGGAGUUGUACUCUGUUAAU